AUGGCUUCACGAAGCAAGGCAUUACAAAUGCUUUUAGAUUCUGAUUCUGAUGAGGACAAUCAUCAACAAAGAGUGGCAAUCUCCAUUGCUCACCAUACAUCAUCGAUGAAUGAACAUGGAACAAAAAGUGAUGGAUUGCAGUUAAGGAAAAUUCAAUUUGGAGGAGGAUACUUGAACACUGAGAUACAUGUCUUAGAGCGGAAUAUUACAGUGGUAACGGCACAACAAAGGGAUGCUUUGGAGGAUAAUGGAUUUUCAUUUGUGCAUUGCAAAAUAACUGGCACUACACAUGUGAGGAGUACAUACUUGGGCAGGGCUUGGGGGAGCAGCCCCAGUGUGGUGUUUGCCUACACCGACAUGGCCAACGUUGUCCAUCCUGAACGAUGGAACGACUUUGGCCACCCUGAACGUUCCAACAAUAUGUUCUAUGGAGAGUUUCAGAAUUCGGGUCCAGGGUCAAACAUAAGCGGGCAAGCACGCUACACCAAAAAGCUAAGUGAUGCAGAAGCCAAAUCUUUCCUCAGCCUUGGCUAUAUUCAGGGUUCCAAAUGGCUUCUUCCUCAUCUAAAUACAAGAUCCAGACAUAGUAUAGUUUAAGAAUAGGAAAUAUAUACAUACAUUUAUAAUUUCCAUAUUUCUUAGGUGAGAUUGAGCAAAGAGCGCUGCCAAUCCUAUACGUAUAUACAAUACAUGCACACAAGCAAAUAUGUACAUCUCAUAUAC